AUGGCACCUUUUACGAUUCCUGAGGAGCUAGCCUCCCAGCUGGAAGUUGUUAAGAACCCUGAUACUCGGUCCACCAAAGACAUCAUUGCCUCACUUAACACCCAUGUCCCCGUCACUUCAGAGAAAAACAUCUGGGCCUUCUGGCACUCUGGUCUUGACAACUUGCCAAGCUGGUGUCAACGUAAUGUGGCUGACUGGGUACGUAUCUGUGGUCCGUCAUGGACAGUCCAUGUGCUUGACACGGUACCUGAUUCACCCAAUCACAUAUUGAAUUUCGUCGCCGCCGAUUUGCUUCCCGAGGCUUUGGUCAAAGGAACCAUGGAUGGCCCAUAUGUUGGACCACACACUAUGGACUUCUUGAGAGGCGCUUUGCUGAUCCAUCAUGGUGGAGUGGCUAUGGAUGUUGGAUGUAUUCUCAUGCGGGAUAUGGAUCGCGUUUGCUGGAAUCAGAUUGCUGAUGACAAGUCACCAUUUGAGGUGGCCGUGCCUGUUAUAUACGGCCAGACCAUUGCAAAUCACUUCACCGCCUCCCGCAAAGGCAAUCCUUUUAUUAAAAGAUGGCAUAAAUUGUUUCUUCAUCUGUGGGGAAAUCGCCACAACUACGUUGGGAUGAGUAACAAUCCAGCCCUUGGCUUCGUCAAGGACAUCGACUUUAGCGAAGCAGAAGGCUGGACAUGGGACUUCAAGAUCGACGUGCAGCAGGUACUUGAGUAUAUCUCGCAAGUCAUGUGCUGGCGACGAUUGACUAUGCUCGAAGAUACUGGCGACAACUUCAAUGGGUCCAAGUAUUGGCAGGAGCACAUUCUCGGUAUUGAUGCGCGAACCGAGAACUGGGCUGCCGAGAAUUUGGUUGGAUUCUCUUCAGGACAACGAUUGUAUGACCUGUUCAGCUUGCCACUUGAUACCAACCCUGAGUUGGAAGAUUUCCAAGAAGCGCACAAGCUGGUCUGGCACCUUUUGAGUAACGCCAGCUGGCAAAAGGUCACGCAUGGAAAGGGUCUAACGCACUCUCCACAUCUAGGACUACUUUGGGAUGAGAACGAUGGCAAAGACAACGAGCCAGGUACUUUCGGAGAGUUACUGCGAUGGGGAGCUGUCAAUUUGAGGCAGAAACGGGAUAGUAUUGUUACCAGAGAGACCAUUGUGUCCCCGGUUAUCCUGAAAGAAGGUCUUUUCGGCCCUGUAGAUAAAAGGAACUAA